ACUUCCUUUUACCUCCACGAGGCAACCAAGAGACAUCAGAAUCCUAAGGCUCACCGCUUUUCGGAUUGAAUAAGUCGGCCAGGAAAUACAAUGGAUAAACCACAAAAGACAUCAACUGAAGAGGCUCCGGUCCAUCGUAUCCGUAUUACUUUGACCAGCAAAAAUGUUAAAAGCUUGGAAAAAGUAUGCGGUGAUUUGAUCAAGAGCGCCAAGGAUAAGAAGUUGAAAGUUAAGGGACCGGUUAGACUCCCCACUAAAGUUCUCCGUAUCACCACGAGAAAAACUCCUUGCGGUGAAGGUUCUAAGACCUGGGAUCGCUUCCAGAUGAGAAUCCACAAGCGUCUCAUUGAUUUACAUAGCUCCUCUGAGGUUGUUAAACAAAUCACUUCAAUCCCAAUUGAACCCGGAGUUGAAGUUGAGGUUACCAUUGCUGAUGCUUCAUAA